AUGAAGGCAAUUCUUGUCUCGCUGUUCCUGCUGGGAGCUAUCGUGGCUCCCAUCGCAGCACUCAAUACUUUUACUCUCUAUGUCCCUGCUCGUACCGAGCUUUGCUUCAAUGAGUACUUGCAACACAAGGACAGACUGGAUCUCUCAUUCGAAGUCGAGGAGGGUGGGAAUCUAGAUAUUGACUUUGUGAUUUACACGCCUAGCUCAAAACCUCUUUACUCGCUAAACGGUGAAUCGUCCAGUCACUUUGGCUUCAACGCCGAGGCGGAAGGAAAAUAUGUGUAUUGUUUUGGCAACAAGAUGUCAUCCAUGGUUGAGAAAAGGCUUUCAUUCAGCGUUCAUGGGCCGGACGAGAGAUGGAAAAUUGAGGAGCUAGAGAUGAAGCAGAGCAUUGAUGACCCGACCGAGACACUCCAAUCUGAGAUUCGCGUUUUGGACGCGGGUAUUCGAGCUAUUCAAGACGAGCACGCGUUCCUGAUGCAAAGAGAGCGAAGACAUCGGCAAACCGCGGACAGUACUCGAUCCCGCGUUUUGUACUGGACGCUUCUCCAGACUGCAGUGUUACUUGGGGUGUGUUAUUUUCAAGUGACCUAUCUUAAAAAGUUCUUUGAGAUGCGAGGGGGCCGCAUUGUAUAG